AUGACACGUAAAGAUUUCGCCACGCGCACAGUCGCAUACGAAGAACUGUUCACUCGCGACGAAUUGGCGCACAUUUUGUACAAAACCACCAGCAAGUUCACGCCAAACAAAUUCAACCAAAAUCCACGGUCAAACUCACUGUUGCAAUGGGACAACACACAAAUGCUUGUUUGCUCACAAGAGAUUUUAACCUCAAAUCCCCCGUACUACAUUCAAAGUCCGGAGCCGGUAUGGUUUUCAACAAGUAUUCCCGCUAUGUUGGGUGAAAUUUAUUGCUUUCCCGUACGCACUGGCAACGGCUACAGUAUCAACAUGAAAUUCAACGCAACUGUGGUGGAAAUCGAUGCUCAAUCAUUCGAAGUGAGUGCACCAAUGAAAAUCCUCUUCAAGGAAGCGGUUACAUUCAACGGCGACAAGGAAAUUAAGAUACCAUUAUCGCAACCGCUGGCAAUCAAUCCGAAGAAGAUGUACGAAAUUCGCUUGGACACUGCAACCAACACAAGUGGCUACUAUUGCCAUGUCCUACAAUGGAAGUCUGAAGUCAAAUUGGAUGAAAAGAUCAACGUGAAGUUCCAUCGCAAUCCAUCGAACAGCGAACGACGUGGACUGGUUUCGCGAUUGUGCUUCAAUCAUUUUUGA